UGUGAUAACCUUUAAGCGCGUCUCUUCAUCUGCAGCACAUCUUUAUUCAGUCAUUCACAAAAAUGUUUUGUGCGAACAGUGUGCUGUUCAGUGUAUUUUUAGUCGCAAUUUUUAGAAUAGUUGAUAGCGAAGUAAAGGAAGAAUAUCUUGCUCGAAACUGUUCCGCUAAUCAAGAUUGUAUUCCUGUGACAACUUGUACAACUCUCAACUAUAAUUUUACAUCUUUAUCUGAACGCGACCGUAGCCUAUAUUUAAGCUCGACCACAUGUAACAUAGCUGAGCAAUGGAUAUGCUGUUCGAAACCUACAUCCAAAACUGAUGUUCCAGACAUUGAUGUCUGUGGCGAAAAUUUAGUCGAGGAGAAUAUUUACGGUGGUCGCAAUACCAGUAUUCAAGAUUACCGGUGGAUGGCUUUACUGGAGUACGCGAGCCCAAACACCUAUCAGUGUGCUGGGUCGCUAAUCAAUAAUCGUUAUGUGCUAACGGCUGCACAUUGUCUUGCCAAGAAAGAUAAAUUAACGCAAGUUCAUCUUGGAAAAUAUUCCUCGAACGCUCAUGAAAAUUGUGUGGACGACGAAUGUGUGCAUCCAACAGUUACAGUCGGCAUCGACGAUGUAAUCAUUCACGAAAAUUACACCGCUACGACGAAAUUUAAUGACAUUGCACUUAUUCGCCUAUCUACCAUAGUAUACUACACAGACUUUAUUAAACCGAUUUGUUUACCGUCGACGGUAGGAUUGAUACCCAACGAUGCAACACGUGAGAUAAGUGGCUGGGGCAGAGGCGCCCAAAGUUCGGGCAAGCAAAUGAUUUAUAUUCCGCGCAACAAUUUCACGGCUUGUGCCGAGAGAAUGCACCGCCUUAGUACUACUAUCCAUGAAGAAACACAAAUAUGUGCUGGUGACAUAGCAAACCGAGGAGCAUGUGCUGGUGACUCAGGUGGCCCGUUGAUGGCAGUGUCAAAUAACACGUAUGCAAUUGAAGGCAUCAUAUCAUCAGGAUACGAUAUUUGUGAGAAGGAUAAAAAUUACAGUUAUCCGAUCAUAUUCACAAAAGUGGCGGCCUUUGAGUCGUGGAUAAAAAGGAAAAUUCUUCCAUAGGAAAAAGAUUUAUUGAUUUCAUUAGUUAGGCCUGCUCCGUGAUGUUGUCCUUCGU